AUGGCUAAUUAAGUAUUAAAGAAAAUUGAUAGUGGGGAAAUAGAUCCUACUUAAGAAGUAAUUAAAAAAAAAUGAUUUUUAGGUUUAUGGAAUCAAGAUUGGAUCUAUUGGUAUCAAAAAGAAGAAUGAUGUAGUUUAGCCAAGAGAAUAACCAAAAGCUUAGCUAGUAACAACAAAUUAGACCUAGUAAUAAUAGAAGAAUGAGGGCUGUUGUUGA